AUGGGUAUUCCUAAAUUCUUCAGAUACAUCUCUGAAAGAUGGCCAACUAUUUUACAGCUUAUAGAAAAUGAUCAAAUUCCAGAAUUUGAUAAUCUAUAUUUAGAUAUGAAUUCCAUUUUCCAUAAUUGUACACAUGGUAAUGAUAUAGAUAGUACUAAAAGAAGACUGUCAGAAGAAGAAGUGUUUCAAAAUAUUUUCAAUUAUAUCGAUCAUUUAUUCAAUACAAUCAAACCAAAAAAGAAAUUUUACAUGGCUAUCGAUGGUGUCGCUCCAAGAGCUAAAAUGAAUCAACAAAGAUCUCGUAGAUUUAGAAGUGCUAUGGAUGCAGAAAACGCUAUGAAAAAAGCUAUCGAAAAUGGUGAUGAAUUGCCAAAAGGUGAACCUUUUGAUACGAACUCUAUUACCCCAGGUACAGAGUUUAUGGCUAAAUUAACAAAGAAUAUUAAAUAUUUUAUCCAUAAUAAAAUUUCAAGUGAUUCAAAUUGGCGAAACAUUGAAAUUAUAUUUUCAGGUCAUGAAGUUCCUGGUGAAGGUGAACAUAAAAUUAUGGACUUUAUUAGAAGUAUCAGAUCAUUAGAUACUUAUGAUCCAAAUACAAGGCACUGUAUUUAUGGGUUAGAUGCAGAUUUGAUUAUGUUAGGUUUGUCUACUCAUGAUCCUCACUUUGCUUUGUUAAGAGAAGAAGUUAGGUUUGGUAACCAAAGAAAUAGUUCAAAUAAUAGUACUUUAUCUGCCUUAGAUAAGCAAAAUUUUUACUUACUGCAUUUGUCAUUGUUAAGACAAUAUCUGAAUUUAGAAUUCAAAGAAGUAGCAGAUGGAAUUAAUUUCAAGUACGAUUUUGAAAAAGUUUUAGAUGAUUUCAUUUUAAUUAUGUUCGUCAUCGGUAACGAUUUCUUACCCAAUUUACCUGAUUUACAUUUAAAUAAAGGUGCUUUCCCAGUUAUAUUACAGACAUUUAAGGAGGCUUUAUUGCACUUAGAUGGUCACAUUAAUGAAAAUGGUAAGAUUAAUCUACAGAGGUUAAGUGUAUGGUUAAACUAUUUGUCUCAAUUCGAAUUAAUGAAUUUCGAAAAAGAUGAUAUUGAUGUUGAAUGGUUUAACAAACAAUUAGAAAAUAUCUCUCUUGAAGGUGAAAGAAAACGUAUAAGACAAGGUAAAGUUUUGCUAUUAAAGCAGCAAAAAAAGAUUGUUGGUUUAGUAAAACCUUGGUUAUUAAAACUUAACGCUAAACCUAUUUCCGAUCUUUCUAAAGUAGAUGAAAAGGCUUUGGUACUAGAAUUGAAUGAUCAACCAAUUGUGGAAAAUUUGGAUUUCUUAAAAGAAUUCUCUUUUGAACUAGGAUUGUUUAUUAUUCACUCCAAAUCUAAAGAUACAUACUCUUUGAAAUUAGAUAUCGAUUCUAUUAACCCUUCAGAGACCGAAGAAGAACACAUCGAAAGAAUUAAGUCAAUGAAAGUAACAUUCAAAAAGUUCUCUAAUGCAAUUUUGGUGGAGGACCAAGAGGAAUUAGAUACUGAACAGGAAAUAUAUAAUGAAAGAUUCGAAAAUUGGAAAACAGAUUAUUACAAGGAAAAAUUCAAUUUCUUUCAAAAGGAAAGAGUGUUAAAACCAUUUUCUGACUCCUCUGAAACUAAUGAACAAGAAGAGCAUUCAAUCGAAUCUGAAUUUAUUGAUAGACCAAAAUUUGAAUAUAUUAUUACUGACGACGAAAACAAAUUAACAGAGUUAUGUAAAAAUUAUGUUGAAGGUUUGCAAUGGGUUCUUUAUUACUAUUAUCGUGGUUGUCCUUCUUGGAAUUGGUACUAUAAAUACCAUUAUGCACCAAGAAUAUCUGAUUUAACAAGGGGUUUAGAUCAAACUACUUCAUUCGAUCUAAGCAACCCAUUUACACCGUUCGAGCAAUUAAUGGCUGUCCUUCCUGAAAGAUCCAAAAAUUUAAUUCCUCCAGUAUUGAGACCUUUAAUGUAUGAAGAAAUCUCCCCAAUUCUGGAUCUUUAUCCUAAUGAAGUAGAAUUGGAUAAAAAUGGUAAGACAGCAGAUUGGGAAGCUGUUGUUUUAUUACCAUUUGUUGAUGAAAAUAGAUUGAUUGAUGCAAUGAAACCUCAUUUGGCAAAAUUAUCACCAGAAGAAAAAGAGAGAAAUCAGUUCGGUAAAGAUUUAACUUUUAUGUUUUCUCCCCAAGUUGAUGAAGUUUACAAAACUCCGUUGGGUGGCUUGUUUAACGAUAUCGAACACAAUCAUUGUGUGGAAAUUGAAUUUAAGUUAGAAAAAAUCCACAAUGAUAAAAUUCGUUAUGGUUUAUUACCAAAUGCUAAGAUUGGUAAGGACUUAUUAGCAGGCUUCCCAUCUUUGUUUACCAUACCUUUUAAGAAUAACUUAGAAUAUAAUGAAACUACUGUUUUCCAACAACCUUCAAGACAACAAUCUAUGGUUUUAAAAAUCCAAAAUAUCUAUGAGGAAAAUAAUAUGACUGCUGAAGAAUUUGGCUCAGCAUACUUAAACAAAAUUGUUUAUACCAAAUGGCCUUACUUAAGGGAAUCAAAAGUUUUGGAAGUCUUCAAUGAACAUCAAAUGAUGGAAGUGGACAUUAACAGUGGCAAAUCAAAGUCAAGACCUUUGAAUGAUUCUGAAAGGAAAUUAUAUAUGAACUUAAGAAGUUCAAUAUUCAAAAACUAUAACAAAUCCAAGGCUGUUAAUGUAGGUAAAGUAUCAACUAUUGUAAAAGUUUUACCAGUAAAUGGUUUAAUGAGAGACACCGAUGGUGCGUACAUCAAGACUUACAGCAAUGAAUCUGAAUAUUAUCCAUUACAACUUGUUGUCGAAACAGUUUCAAAUGUAGAUGAGAGAUAUCUAGAAAAGCCACCUCAACCAAUCGAAGAGGAAUUUCCACAGGGCUCAAAAGUUAUUUUCUUGGGUGAUUAUGCUUAUGGUGGAACUGCAACUAUCGAUGGUUACAGUAGUUCAACAAGGCUAAAACUUUCUGUAGAAAAAAGAUCAUUGAGAUCAGAACCAACUAUUGGUAAAUCUAGAUGUAACAUAGAUAAGGAUAUGGUCAAGUAUCAACCAUCUUAUGUUGUAGCAAGAAACUUAAAGCUUCAAUCCCUAUUUCUUUCAAGGUUAACAUCGAAAUUUUUGGUAGCUGAUAUUAACGGUUCCCAUGUAAAUGUCGGUAUUCCAAUAAAGUUUGAAGCAAGAUCACAAAAGGUCUUAGGAUUUGCUAGGAAGAACCCUAGAGGUUGGGAAUUUUCUAACCUAGCUGUUGAUUUGUUAGUAGCUUAUAGAAAAAAUUUCCCAGAUUUUAUUGAAAAAUUAUCCAGAGUUAAUACUAGAGACAAAUUACCAUCGAUCGAGGAGCUUUAUCCUGAGCUAGAUAAGGCUAAAGCAUCCGCAUUAUUGGCUAAUGUCAAAUCCUGGAUCAAAUCGGUCACUGACCCAUUUGUUACCGUAUCUUUGCAAAGUGAUUCUUUGACUAAGGCUUCUAUUUUAGCAGUUGAAGAUUUCAUAGAACCAUAUUCUAAAUUACCAGAAGAAAGUGAAACGAAGCAUUUGGCAAAGGUACCUAGAGAAGCUGUAUUGGAUCCAAAGUCCUCGUUUACAUUGUUACGUUCCCAAAGAUUUGAUUUGGGUGAUCGUGUUGUCUACAUUCAAGAUACCGGUAAAGUACCAUUAUUUUCUAAAGGUACAGUUGUAGGAUAUACAACACUGGGCCAACGUUUAUCUGUUCAAGUAUUGUUUGACCAUGAAAUUGUUAGUGGUAAUAAAUUCGGUGGUAGAUUAAGAACUAACCGUGGUUUAGGAUUGGAUGCUUCAUUCCUAUUGAAUAUUACAAACAGACAAUUUAUUUACCAUUCGAAAGCUUCCAAAAAGGUAGGUGAGUCGACCAGAAGUGUUGCUCCUACUGCAGCAUCAAUUGAAGCCCGUAAACAUAAAGCUGCUCAAAUAAGAACUGCCCGUGCAAAGGAUUUGUUGACUCAUAUCAAUGUUGAUAAGAAGGAGAAAACUGAAGUUUCUGAAUUAAAGGAAAGUUUAAUCACAAGUUCAAUGCCUCCUGCAAGAAAUGUAGCUAAUCACGUUUACAGUGCCGUAUUAAAUCAAGUUGCUACUGAUCCAUCUGAUCCUGCUAACAAUCAACCAGCUGCACCACAAAAUGUGAAUGGUGUUGAAGCACCAGGCUUACCAUAUCACUUACCUCCUGUCUUUGUCCCACCACCAAUGAUUUACCCAAACAUGGUGACAGGCCAAGGUCCACCAAUGCCAAUGAAUAGCCUACCACCAAUGCCACCAUAUCAUGGUAACUUACCUCCACCUGUUACAAUGUAUGCUCAAAAUCAAUUUGUAAGUGCUCCUGCAGUUGAUGAAAAAGGUAGCAAGGAAUUGAAAUCAUUUAUAAAGGGUGGAAAGAAAAAGGAUAGUAAGAAGGAUGAUGAUGGUAAGAGGCCAAAGAACAAAAAUGAUUCAAAGUAUAAAAAUAAGUCUAAUAAAUCUUCAAAAAACAAUUCUGAAAAGACUGUCUCAAGCAAGAUAGCUAAAGAAAAACAAAAUUCAAAGGAACAUAUAAAAGAUUGA